AGCUCUUCUAUUCACAAGCCUUACUGCUGGUAUGGCAAAGCUUUCUUCUCUUUCUUCUCUCCUCCUAGUCUUAUUAGCUAUUGUCAUUGCCAACACCAACAGAGUUAGCACUUCCAUAAUGGAGGAAAUAACCGAGGUCAGAUGCAGAAGUGCUAGGAGGAUGAUGGACGGAGGCCCAACCACUGCCAGCUUUAUCGCCUGCCGGCUUUAUUGCCCCUUCGAGCUAAGCACGGUCACCCCAGAUGACAGCAAUCCUCACAGGAGCAUAUCCAACAAUGCACAGAUUGCUGUUUGUGCUGCCCUUAAGAGGAUGUGGGAGGACAAAAGCCAACUGGGUAAGGUGAUACAGCGUGUGACGGAGAAAGCUCACUACUUACCCCGCAUGUGUAACAUGCUCACAACACAGUACCAGAUGUUAAAGACAACGCCAUGAAUCAAGGAGCCUCUUUUAAUAAGACCUCGCACAGACAAUGCCAUGAAUCAAGGAGCCUCAUUUAAUAAGACCACCUCUCGUGUCUCUACCUCCUUCUACUGCCUAUGAAUUUAAAUGAUUACUGAGGCUAUACUCUAGUCUUAACGACCAUAACUAGAGACCUCGAUUUUGCUGAGGUUUUAAGUGAAAUUUAUGGGGCAUCCUUAUUUGAAGCAUAUAGACUAUUAUGCAGCUACAAAACCUAGUUAAUCUGAAGAGUUAUCCUCGCGGACUUCAGUACUAAUAUUUCCCCAAAAGGUGGAUAUAACAUGUUUAAAAAGGUGAUUAAGACCAAAGCCAAACUUUUCCACAAGAAUGCACAAUAUAGAAAAAAUAAAUUUAGAAAAAGGCCAUUACGAAGAUAAAACCGCUGAAAGGCCUUUAGAUAUUACAUACUUGUUGAACAAAAGGUCAAGAUGAAUUCACUAAGAAAACCGAAACAUAAAACAAAAUCGAAAAAAUUGAGAAUAUUACUAAUCAAAUCUAUAAGUGAUCAACUGUAGAUUCCUAACAAAACUGAUUUCAAGAGCAAAUAGGUCAGUUUUUCUAGUUAGAUCACCACAUUUCUAAUAAAAUUAAGCAACUAAAAACUAUCAAAAGCAAGCCAACCUAAU